UUCACGGCUUCUCCUGCUGCUACAGUGAUCAAUGUUCUCCUCAUUCAACUCGGCUGGCCAAUUCUUGACGAGUUACCACGCUCACGUUGCAACCGGCAGGGCUCAUGAACAUUCAGGCUCGAUUUGGCCCCCAAGGCGUGCUAAUGAGGGGUAUUUCACACCCUCAAGCCUGCCCAGGGGUAGCCAGUAGUACGUAGAUCUGGAGGGGUAGAGGGGUAAAACUCUGCGGGCCGGAAAAGCUUCUCGGAAGAAGCUUGCUCCGGCUCCGUAACAGCUUCGGCCGUUUCCUGGAAGGAAGGACUGGAGCAGCUGCACGCGAGCCACCAGUACGUAGCCCAAUCACGAAAGAUCCAGCAAUUAGGGUCGUCCCGACGAUUGCCAGCACCGCAACUGGUACCCCUCCCCCACUUGUUGGACACCUCCAGAGGAAUCGCUGCGCUUCGAGUUUUCGUGACUCACGCGCACUUCCUCGUCAAGAUCGUAUUCCAGUGGAUGACGCCGCCUCGACGACUGACCGGUCCCUGUCUCGCGUUCCUGACACGUCAACGACCUUCAGCAACAGCCCCCCGUGCAUUCCACUCGCUGCCCUCGUCGACAUCGACAUCGACAAACGCGUGCCGCCGACACCUUUCCUCGACGAGACACCUCUCACGGAUACAAGUCAACAGACGGAAAGACGUCAAGCAAGCCAACAUGUCUGCAACCACAUUGAAGGGCCAGCCUCUCGACAAGGCCGUCCUUGACGCCAUGUUGAGGCGGCGCAUGUUCUACACUCCCUCCUUUGAGAUUUAUGGUGGCGUCGGUGGUCUCUACGACUUCGGCCCCCCAGGCUGCUCUCUCCUCACCAACAUCACAGACAUCUGGCGCAAGCACUUCAUCCUCGAGGAAGACAUGCUUGAGGUGGACUGCACUGUGUUGACCCCUCACGAAGUUCUCAAGACCUCUGGCCAUGUGGACAAGUUCGCCGACUGGAUGUGCAAGGACCCCAAAAACGGCGAGAUCCUGAGAGCCGACCACUUUGUCGAGGCUGUCCUGGAGGCGAGGCUCAAGGGUGACAAGGAGGCCCGUGGCCUCAAGGUGGAAGAGAAGGACGACCCCAAGAAGAAGAAGAAGAAGGCCAAGUCGGAGGCCAUCAAGUUGGACGACGCACUUGUGAAGGAGUACGAGGAGGUUCUUGCCAGGAUCGACAACUAUGGCGGUCCCGAGCUCGGUGAGCUGAUCAAGAAGUACGACUUGCGGAAUCCCGAAACGGGCGAGCUGCCCUCGGAUCCCGUCUCCUUCAACCUGAUGUUCCAGACUACCAUCGGCCCAAGCAGCAACUCGCCCGGCUACCUGCGCCCCGAGACUGCUCAGGGUCAGUUCCUCAACUUUGCCAAGCUGCUCGAGUUUAACCAGGGUGGUAUGCCCUUUGCCUCUGCAUCCAUUGGCAAAUCGUACCGUAACGAGAUUUCGCCCCGUGCCGGUCUUCUGCGCGUGCGCGAGUUCUUGAUGGCUGAGAUUGAGCAUUUUGUCGACCCUCAGGGCGGCAAGAAACACCACCGUUUCCCUGACGUGGCGGACGUCGAGCUCGUCUUCCUCGACCGCGAGACCCAGCUGGCUGGAAAGACAGAGACGAGGAAGGUGGCUGUUGGUGAGGCUGUCAAGUCCGGCCUCGUCGACAACGAGACUCUGGGCUACUUCCUCGCCCGUAUUCAUCUUUUCCUCGCAAAGAUUGGUGUCGACCAGUCAAAGCUGCGUUUCCGUCAGCACAUGCAGAAUGAGAUGGCUCACUACGCUGUGGACUGCUGGGAUGCUGAGCUGUUGACCUCGUCCGGCUGGAUCGAGUGUGUUGGUUGUGCCGACCGCAGCGCAUACGACUUGAAUGUCCACGCGAAGAAGACCGGCGCUGCUCUUGUUGUACGGUCUCGUUUGGAUGAGCCUAUUACCAUUGAGGAGUGGGAGGUUGACGUCGAGAAGAAGAAGUUUGGCCCUCUGUUCAAGAAGGACGCAAAGACCGUCGAAGCCGCCCUCAUGGCGUCUUCGCAGGAGGACCGUGAGAAGCUUGCCAAGGAGUUGAAGGACAAUGGCAAGGCCACCAUCACGGUGGAAGGCUACGGCGACGGCAAGGCGGAGAUUCCUAGCGAUGCCAUUCGGAUUGAGUUCCGCAAGCGCGUGGAGCACACUCGCGAGUUUACUCCCAACGUCAUCGAGCCAUCUUUCGGUAUUGGUCGCAUUCUGUAUGCGCUUAUUGAGCACAACUUCUGGACCCGUGGCAGCGAGGGUACCGACGAGGCCCGUGGUGUCUUGUCUUUCCCACCCCCGGUUGCUCCCACAAAGGUUCUGAUUGUGCCUUUGUCGUCUAACCAGUCGUUCAAGCCUCAUCUGAAGAAGCUCUCGCAACGCCUGCGCAGCAUCGGCAUCUCCAGCCGUGUGGACGACUCGUCAGCAAGCAUUGGCAAGCGUUACAGCCGUAACGACGAGCUUGGCACCCCCCUGGGCAUCACCAUUGAUUUCCAGACCCUCCAAGACAACACGUUCACUCUGCGUGACCGUGACUCGACGAGCCAGGUGCGCGCUGAGGAAGACAAGAUCGUCGAGGCCAUCAAGUCGCUGGUGGACUCGAGCAAGACCUGGGCGGAUAUCCAGAAGGAGCUUCCCGCAUUCGAGGGUCAGGAGGUUGACGUUGCUGUGAGGGAGAAGUAGAAAGAGGAACGGAUCAUGUAUGCAUAUUUAGCGGCAUGGGCACAGGGCCCGGUAUCCAAGACCUGGCAUAGUCCAAUGAAUCUGAAGCCAUAGAAAUAGUGUACAGCAGCCCGAUAACAAUCAUUGUGCGACCGACGCCCUGA